CCUCGCAACAGUAAUGCUGCAUUGGAUUCAGUUAUCUCAAUGUGGAUAAAUAAUCGACGGCUGUUUGUACAUUUUGCUGCAUUGGCGAUGAGGAUGCAUCAACAAAAACACGAUUUCUGGAUUUACUUUGCUUUGCUUCUUUGUAUUUUCGGCUCUUCCGCUUCGCAAUUGUCCUACUCCAUUACCGAGGAGGCGAACAAAGGCUUCGUGGUAGGCAACAUCGCCAAGGAUUUCAACCUCAACGUACAGGAGCUGGACACCAGAGGACUGCGUGUGGUUUCCAGCUACAGUAAAGAGUAUUUCAACGUGAAUUUGCAGAGCGGUAACUUAUUUGUAAAGGAAAGAAUAGACAGGGAGGAGCUUUGUCCGAAUACGGCGAAAUGCUCUCUUCGGAUACAAGCUGUGUUAAACAGUCCGAUGACGGCGCAUCGCGUUGAGAUCACUAUUUUGGACAUAAAUGACAAUUCACCUUCUGUUAUAGAAAGUGUGUACACUUUGGACAUUUUUGAAUCAGCUUCACCAGGAGAGCGGUAUCUCCUCCCAGUGGCCGUGGACGCAGACUUUGGCAGUAAUUCAGUGAGGAGCUAUAAAUUGAGCAACAAUGAACAUUUUACACUGGAUGUGCAGAGCGGAGGAGACCACGGCGUAUCUGCAGAACUGGUGCUACAAAAGUGUUUAGAUCGAGAGAAACAAUCUCUCAUCACACUCACGCUCACCGCUGUUGACGGAGGUAAACCUCCUAAAUCUGGCUCGUUGCAAAUACGCGUAAAUGUGCUCGAUGUCAACGACAACGUGCCCACGUUUAGCAAGUCGCUUUACAAAGUGCGUCUGAGCGAAGAUGCCGCGCAGGGCUCACUUGUGAUUAAAUUGAAUGCAACCGAUUUGGACGAAGGAAUAAACAGUAAGAUUGUGUAUUCCUUAAUUAAACGAGGCAACAACGAUCCGUCAAAGCUGAUAGGAGCUGGCGCCUGA